AUGGCUUCAAGAUUGGAAACGGUGAAAUCCGAAAUCGACAGCACCAUUGCCUCAAUUCUACCAGAUUUACAGCUCAUCAAUUCCAAGAUUCAUGGCAACCCCGAGUCUGCUUUCAAAGAACAAUUUGCCUGCGAGACGCUACACUCGUUUCUGAAAAGUCUGGGAACUGAGAACUUGAGUGUGGCGACAGGUGCUUAUGGCUUGAAAACUUGUCUUGAAGCUCGUUAUCGAAGUCCUGCUCGUGGGGGUCGGUGUGUUAACUUCAACGCAGAGUAUGACGCUCUCCCUGAGAUCGGACAUGCCUGUGGUCACAACUUGAUCGCGCUUGCAAGUUUGGUUGCUUUCACUGCUCUUCAAGCAGCCGUUCACAAGUCUGGUAUUGCAGGAGACAUCCAAUUGCUGGGAACCCCAGCCGAAGAAGACGGAGGUGGAAAGAUUAUGCUUUUAGAAGCAGGAGCGUUCCAGGGUUGCGAUGUCUCUCUCAUGGCACACCCCACUGCAAUGUCAGAUCAUCCAGCUGGUUACAAAGGAACGGCUGGGCAAACAUCGACUGCUCUCCUAGACCUGACAUGUACCUUCUGGGGCAAGAAUGCUCAUGCAGGACUUAACCCGUGGGACGGCAUCAACGCCCUAGAUGCAGUCGUAUGCGCCUACAACAAUAUUUCCGUUCUCAGACAGCAGCUCCAUCCGGUCGACAGGAUUCACGGCGCGAUACUCGAAGCACCUAAAGUUGCAAAUGUCAUCCCUAGUAGAGCUAAAGUCGGAUAUACAGUGCGUAGCUCAACAAGACGAGGGGCUUACAGGCUUGGUGAGAAGGUUGAGGCAUGCUUGAAUGCAGCUGGGCUUGCAACAGGGUGUAAAACAGAAAUCUACAGACAACCGUUGUACGCGGAUUUACGCCUGAACAAAACCCUUUGCUCUAAAUUUGUCUCCAACAUGGGUCUUUGGGGCGAAGAUGUUUGCGAAACCCAGGAAGGCUUUACAGGAGGAUCUACAGAUCAAGGUAACAUCUCGUACGAAAUCCCAACUCUUCACGCGUACUUUGGGAUAGUAGCUUCUCCCGGGGUUCAGAUUCACAGUGCAGAAUUUGCAAAUGCGGCUGGGACUGCUGAAGCAUUUGCCGCCGCUGUGAGUGUGGGCAAAGCAUUGGCACUCGUGGGUUGGGAGAUCCUGAAUGACGAUGAGAAUCCUUCGACCCUAAUCUGUCGCCGCAAGUGUCUUAUACCCUUCACCCGCCAAGUCAUUCACGAAUUCACGGCCAUGUUGCCCUUGAAAGAGAUCAACAUCAGCACUGGUAGAUUGGCUCGGGCUCAUCAACUCGAUUUUUCCACAUUCUUCAACGUCAUCGAUGGGGGCCUUCGUGGCUCGACCAGGACAAACCAUUCCGUCAACCCGGCGACAAAAGAGGCUCUGGCCGAGGUACCUAUUGCGACCAAGGAAGAUGUAGACGAAGCAGUGAACGCCGCCAAAACAGCAUUCCAUUCGUGGGCCAAGACAGCUUUAGCUGAGAGAAAGGCAGCACUUGAGGCCUUUGCAAGCGCUCUAGAAUGGUAUACACAAGACUUUGCGAAACUGAUGACCGAGGAGUCCGGGAAACCAUUUCGAUUCUCGGUUGAAGAAGCGGACUCUGGGCCCUACUGGAUUCGAGGUAUCACCAAGCUGGAUCUUUUGGACGAGGUUCUGGACGAACCAGAACGAAGAGCUAUCAUCAGAUACUCGCCAUUGGGCGUGGUUGUGGCCAUCAUCCCCUGGAACUACCCAAUUCAACUCGCAGUUGUCAAGCUCGCUCCAGCUUUACUGACUGGGAACACAAUCAUCCUCAAGCCAUCUCCAUUUGCACCCUACUGUACGCUCAAGCUCGUGGAGUUGGCACAGCAAUUCUUCCCACCUGGCGUUGUUCAAGGCCUUCACGGCGACGAUGAUCUUGGGCCAUUACUUACCGCACACCCUAAGGUCGACAAGAUCACUUUCACGGGAUCGACCGCGACGGGUAGGAGGAUAAUGGAGACUGCAAGUCGAACGCUGAAGAGAGUAACACUGGAACUGGGGGGUAAUGACCCGGCAGUCGUUUGCAAAGAUGUUGAUGUCUCUGAUGUCGCCCAGAAGAUCACUGAGUUCGCAUUCGCCAACAGCGGCCAGGUCUGCGUCGCCGUGAAGCGCGUAUACAUCCACGAAUCGAUAUACUCGGAAUUCCGGGCGGCCAUGGUUGAGUCCACCAAGAGACUACGCGUUGGCGACGGUUUCGAAGAUGGGGUAGACCUUGGACCCAUCCAGAACGAAGCGCAGUAUAACCGGGUGUGCGGCCUUUUGGAGGAUAGUCAGAAGCGAGGCCAGAAGGUCGCCCUUGAAGGAAGCACCACAGUAUCGCAAGGUUUCUUCAUCAGUCCCACUAUCAUCGACAACCCGGAGAGCGACGCCCGUAUCGUUCUGGAAGAGCCAUUUGGUCCGCUUCUUCCGAUAAUGUCCUGGUCCACUGAGGAAGAAGUCAUUCACCUUGCCAACUCCACACAAAUGGGAUUGGGUGCCUCUGUCUGGACAAAUGACCUGGAGGAAGGUGAGCGCAUUGGACGACAGCUCCAAGCUGGCUCAGUGUGGUUGAACACUCACAUGGACGCCGCACCUCACAUACCAUUUGGUGGGAUCAAACAAUCGGGCCUUGGUGUCGAGGGUGGUAUUGAAGGCCUCAAAACCUUCUGCAAUAUCCAGACACUCAUAGUUCCAAAGUAG